CAAAAAAAUGUUUUGUUUGAUAGCAUUGAUGUUCUUGAUCGGUGUUGUGUUUGGCCUACAAAUCGGUGAUUAUCCGGACAUUACUAAUACUACUGACUGUGGUAUCGGUCGUGAGUCGCAACUGAUGACCGACCGGUGCUUUGAAUGGCACAGUAGUCGUGAUUUAAUGAACACUUCCUCCUCCUUGUCCUCAAUAGUCAACGGAAGGGACGCAAAGAGGGCUGAAUUGCCAUAUAUUGUAUACAUUGAGAAAUGGAAAGACAACGACAAUACUCGAUGUACGGGAACUGUACUCAACCAGCACUGGAUACUGACUGCUGCCCACUGUUAUGAGGAAUGUGACAAUUGUUUAUAUAAAAUAUAUGCGGGAAUUAUAGAUAUUAGAUAUCCGGGCAUUGAUUAUGGUAUCAAUAAAGUCAUUAAACACGAAAACAAUUCAGAUUGCAAACAAUGGUUACUAUUAUCGGCAGAUAAACGGUAUUUGUUUGCCGACUAUCGAUCAAAACAAUACCGACUACGAGUACGCCGUAAUCGCCGGCUUUGGUUUGACUGCACAUCUUGA